CGACAACAUAGUAUAGUAUGGAAGCCUUUCUUCUUGGACAAGUCAAGAGCAAGCCCAAGGCAAGCAGCAAAGCUGGGAAAGAGGUAUCAAGCAAGCCCAACAGACAAGUUCCCUGGGUGGAGAAAUACCGCCCCAAGGUAGUGGACGAUGUAGCACAUCAAGAGGAGGUGGUUGCAGUGCUCAAGAAAAGCUUGCAGGGUGCCGAGCUACCCAACCUGCUGUUCUAUGGGCCCCCAGGCACUGGCAAAACCUCCACCAUCUUGGCAGUUGCUAGAGAGUUGUUUGGUCCUGAGCUGAUGAAGAGUAAAGUGCUGGAGUUGAAUGCAUCAGAUGAGAGAGGUAUUCAGGUGGUCAGAGAGAAGGUCAAGAACUUUGCGAUGCAAGCCGUUGGUAAUUCCUCAUUCAAUGGGAAGAUGUGUCCACCAUUCAAGAUCAUCAUCCUUGAUGAAGCAGAUUCUAUGACAACCAGUGCACAGGCGGCCCUGCGUAGAACUAUGGAGAAGGAAACCAAAACAACACGAUUUUGUCUCAUUUGCAACUACAUCAGCAGGAUCAUUGAACCCUUGACCUCUCGCUGCUCCAAGUUUCGCUUCAAGCCUCUAAGUUCAGACAUCUUGACCUCCCGUCUCCAGGUAAUAGCGGAGGGGGAGGGGCUUCACCUCUCUCCAGGGGUGGUGGCUGAGAUUGUGCGUGUAUCUGGUGGGGACAUGAGGAAGGCCAUCACCUACCUUCAGAGUGCUGCUAGACUGAGAGGGGAGGACACAGUCACAGAGGAGGAUAUCAGAGAAAUUUCUGGAUGUAUUCCAGAGGAGAUGCUUGAUGGCUUGUUAGCUACCUGUCACAAGGACUCUCACGAGAAGCUUGAAUUGUUUGUCAAGGAUCUAUUGUUGGAUGGAUACUCCGCCUCACAAGCCCUGGAGCAACUACAUGACAAGGUGGUUGUCAUGCCAACCCUGACAGACAAGCAGAAGUCCGUCAUCUCAGAGAGAAUGGCCUUGGUGGGGCGAAGGCUGAUGGACGGAGGGGACGAGUACCUCCAACUAAUGGACCUCGCUACUGUAAUCAUGCAUCAGUUUUGUCAUGUUCAAUAAUCCAUAGUACGAUACGUGAUUCUAAAAAUUAACAAUUAUAAUUUGGCAGGUAAUAAUAAUUAAUUUUAUAUUAAUGAAUACCAUUAUAAA